AUGUCUAUUCAGUACGAGGUGGAGCAGCUGGCUGACAGCUAUGGGGUAGAGGACUCUUUCCCCAAAGAUUUCGGCUACGGAGGAGAGGGGGCCGACAUUGAAGACAGCCCGGCCCCGUCAGACAGCAAGCCACGCAUCCUCCUCAUGGGUUUGAGAAGAAGUGGGAAGUCCUCCAUUCAGAAGGUCGUGUUCCACAAGAUGUCCCCAAAUGAGACACUAUUUCUGGAGAGCACGAACAAGAUUUACAAAGAUGACAUCUCCAGUAGCUCCUUUGUGAACUUCCAGAUCUGGGACUUUCCAGGGCAGGUGGAUUUCCUCGACCCCACCUUCGACUACGAGAUGAUCUUCAGAGGAACUGGGGCUUUGAUAUUUGUUAUUGAUGCACAGGAUGAUUACGUAGAAGCGCUGACUCGGCUCCAUCUCACCGUCUCGCAGGCGUACCGCGUCAAUCCUGAGAUCAACUUUGAGGUUUUCAUUCAUAAAGUCGACGGUCUCUCGGACGACCACAAGAUCGAGACGCAGAGGGACAUCCACCAGCGGGCCAACGACGACUUGGCCGACGCCAGUUUAGAAAAACUACAUCUCAGCUUCUACCUGACGAGUAUCUAUGACCACUCCAUCUUCGAGGCCUUCAGCAAAGUGGUGCAGAAGCUCAUCCCUCAGCUCCCCACGCUGGAAAACCUGCUCAACAUCUUCAUAUCUAAUUCAGGGAUCGAAAAGGCCUUUCUGUUUGACGUGGUCAGCAAGAUCUACAUCGCCACCGACAGUUCUCCGGUGGACAUGCAGUCGUACGAGCUGUGCUGCGACAUGAUCGACGUGGUCAUCGACGUCUCCUGUAUUUACGGUCUGAAGGAGGACGGCAGUGGCAGUGCGUAUGACAAGGAGUCCAUGGCCAUCAUCAAGUUGAACAACACCACCGUGCUGUACCUGAAGGAGGUCACCAAGUUCCUCGCCCUCGUCUGCAUCCUGCGAGAAGAGAGCUUUGAGAGGAAAGGCUUGAUAGACUACAACUUCCACUGUUUCCGCAAGGCCAUCCACGAAGUCUUUGAGGUAGGUGUGUCCACUCCGCGUCCAUCUGUCGCUCAGACGCCUGGAUCACCCUGCUCCAAACCUGUAGCCCUGAACGGCACGCCACGCAGCACUGUCUAA